UGUUGUUCAAAUAGGAAUAGCAGCAACGUCAGUGAUCUGGAAUUUUGGACAAAAUCUCUUAUCAACUAGCAAUGGUCCAUGACUAAUUUGGAUAUUAUGAUUCGAGGAACAAAACACGCAAUAACUUAUUCUUAAAUACUACGAUUACCAGUAAUUUUCCACGGGAGAAUUGAUGCGAUAACGAAACCUGUAUGACAAUUAUGUGUAUCGUUGGUGGAUAUAGAGGUAUACGUUAUACAGUUAUAUGCACAGGCACUGUAUUAGUAUUUCAAUGGAGACUUCCGUUCAAUGGAUUACGCAUACUUGCCAAAUUUAACCAAGGCCCAAACAAGACGAAUUCGACUAAAUAAUAUUUUGUAUCACUCAUUUCAAACCCUGCAAUUGGGAAAUUCCUGGCGCACGUGUUCGGUUUGUUGUUUUCUGUUUGCCUGUUUGUUAUCCCGUUGUAUUGCGGUGUUGAGAUUGCACAAAAUGUCCAAUGGUUCCAGCGCACCCACAUCUGUACCGGCGAGUCCAUUGCCCCAGAAUUCUGACGACCCAAACAGCGAAGUUUUUGAUAUUGAGAGCAUUACAAGACUUGCAAGCACAACAAUCGUUCUUCAUCCUGGCUCAUCACAUUUAAGAAUUGGAAGAGCAUCUGACCCCCAACCCUUUCUUGUUCCUCAUGUAAUUGCAUGGAGACACAAGCACCCAGGAGAUCAAAAGCCUAUUAAAAAAUCCCUAUUAUCAAGAGAGAGAACAGAGUAUGCCGAUGACUACAAAGUUACACAAUCAGAAGGAUACAAACAAUUAAACGAUGCAGUGCAGACUUAUACUGGGCGUUCAGUUUGUCGAUGGGAACAAAUUUCUAAAAGCAAUAAAAAACAAAAACCUGAAACCUUAGUUGAAGGUUGUGGAUGGAACUGGACAGACACAAGUCAAAAACAGGAGUUUCUUAUUGGUGAUGAUGCACUUUAUAUUGAUGAAGCAGAUUGUUAUGAUUUACAAUGGCCGAUUGUAAAAGGUCAGUUGAAUGUUCAUGACGGUUCGCAUGGUUCACUUCAUUCUGUUAUGACUAAUUUGGAAAUGCAUUGGAUCAAGUCGAUAGAAACGUUUCUUCACAUUCCGAGAAGCGAACUUGUUGGCUACAGGUGUUUACUGCUUGUCCCAGAUAUAUAUAUUAGACAACAUGUUAAAGCACUCAUACAUAUGCUGAUCAACAAUAUGGGCUUUUCUUCAAUAUUAAUUCAUCAGGAAUCGGUUUGUGCGACAUACGGUUGUGGUAUUGCUACUGCAUGUGUGGUAGAUGUUGGUCACGAAAAAACUUCUAUAUGUUGUGUUGAAGAUGGAACAUCCCAUAAGAACACAAGAAUUUGUCUUGAUGUUGGUGGGAGAGAUAUUACAAGAGUAUUUGCUGGUUUUUUAAAGCGAAAUUGCUUGCCAUAUCAAAAAUUUGACCAGGAUGAUAGAAUGGAUGCUUUACUAAUGGAAGAACUUAAAGAAACAUUCUGCCACAUGGAGCCAGAUAGAGUUAGCCCUGAAAGUCAGGAAUUCCACAUCAGAAGACCUGGUCAAUGUUCGUUACUUUAUCCUAUUGUCCUUGGUGAUGAAACUUUAGAGGCACCUUUAUCCAUCUUUUUUCCAAAAGCAUUUGGCUUAAAGAUGAAAGAUAGACACAUUCAUUUUGCAACAAGAAAUCCUGGAGAUUCAGAGGAUCCAAUGGAUGAAUAUUAUUUGCUGCAAACUAGGAGCAAAAAUUGGGAGAAUCGCCUCUCUAGAAGAACGAAAACUGAAAACCUAUCGACUAAUACAUCAAAUUCUGCAUUAGAUGAAAACAUUGAAAAAAUGGAAGAUGAUAAUGGUGAAGAUUUAGAUGACGAGGAAACACAACAGAUGUGCAAUUACAAACCAGGUGCUGAAAUGGCACCAGCUCCAGGAGGACUACUUGGAUUAGAUCAAGCUAUUGUAUGGAGUGUAGAAAAUUGUCCUUUGUCUUAUGAAGAUGAAUUAAAGAGGCGAAUGUACUCUUGCAUUCUUGUGGUUGGUGGAGGAUUGGCUCAUUUUGCUGGAGCUGAUCAGUAUUUGAGACACCGUAUCAAAUUGUUAAUACCAAAUACACCUUUAAAAUCUUUGAUGGUUGGACAAGUGGAUGUUGUAGUAAAACCAAAAGAUCAGGAUCCAUCGAUUGUUGCUUGGAAAGGGGGAUCUGUGCUGUCAUGUCUUGAUAAUGCCCAGGAAUGUUGGGUCACUAAUAGCGAAUGGAACAAAUUUGGCUUGAAGUUGUUGAGAGAAAGAUCACCAUUCAUUUGGUGAAAUAGGUAAGGUUUACUGCAGCUGAAAUGGACUUUCAGUCAGUAUAGUACUUCAAGAAAGGAAGUAAAAAAAUAGUCCAAGCAACCGGUGAAAGAGAAGACGGAGGAACUGCAACAUGACAGCGCAAUGCAUCAAGAUAAAGGUCGAAAUUUACAAUAGAGCGAUUAUUGGUUAUCAUUCACACAUGUACCCAAAUGAAUGCUUUGAAUAUAUAUUUUAAGCCAGAGAAAAAGUUUAUAUUUGUUUCUUUUGGGUUAGGAGGCAGGACAGCCAGCUUGUAGUGUUCAAAAUAUACUGCCUCCUACAUAUGUUAUACAGAUCACUUUUUCAUUCUUGAUGUCCUGACUAUCAACCAAAUAUCUAUUGGGUCAGCUUGUAGUGUUUAAGCCUUUUCUACAUAAGUUAUGCAGACCACUUUCUCUUUCUUGAGUCGGCUUAUAAGGUGGGCUUUUGCUUUUAGUGUUCAGAAUAUACUGCACUGUAUACAAGUUAUGCAAACCACUUCGACUUUCUCGAUACCAUAACUAUCCAGCCCAGCGGUGGGCAACCCCUGGCACGUGAGCCCGUUUAUUCGGCACACGAAAGAGGCCUCAGAAACGAAAUCAUUCUCCGUUAGAUAAUAAGUUUCGAGACUCUAAUAUUCUGAUGAAACUUUGUGUUCGUUUAUUCAUUAUGUAUCGUUUUUUUAACAAUCCGUUCUUUAAACUCAUUUUGUCCUUCCAUGACAUAUGGCUACAAAGAAAUAUGUUAUGACCUAACAAAUAAGUGAGCUCUAGAGAAAUUUUGUCGAGAACAAAGCAGCAUUCUUUGGCUACUUUGUUACGUAAUAUACCAUUUUUCUUCAUUUCUGCUUAUUUAUCAAGUUGAAAAGCUCAUGUUGGUUGGAGUUACUUGCUAACUUACUGUUAUGAAUUGGGGAAGGGAAUACAAGAGAGAAGUGCACAAAACAAACCAUUGCGAGAUUGGGAUGCCAUUCCCAAAAAAUUUUGGUGUCUUAUAAACUAUGCAACUGCAUUACUUUCCGUGUUUUUAUCUACAUAUGCUUGUGAAUAUCUUGUUCCCAGUUAUGAACUUUAUUAAGUCUCAUAAUAGGAGUAGCAUGAAAGAUGAAACCAGUAGUUCGUGUAUUCCUUUGAAAGUUACAAAAUAUAAACCCAAUGUAAAAUUUCUAUCAGUGGUAAUGCACCAGCAGAAGUCUCGCUGAUGUAGAAUAAGCAAAGUAAUCGAAUCUAUUCCGAAUAGCAAAUAUGUCUGUAGGUGAACAUGUUUAAAAGGUUUAUUAUUUUGUAUUUUUGCUUUGAAAGUAGCAAAGCAUUGUUUUUAAUUUUGGUCGGCACGCGGGAGAAUUUUAUCGUUUAAUUUAGCCGAUUUGGCAAGCAAGCCGAAAAAGGUUGCCCACCCCUGAUCUAGCCAAAUAGCUAUUGCCAGG